AUGAAACACUUCUUCUGGAUUUUCGUAAUAAUAUAUUUCACUAAAAGCUAUAUCACAGCAAAGGAAGAAAAAAAUAAAUGUCAACCGAAAACGACUGGAACUUGUAUGGGUGCAUGCGAUUUGUCGACCGAGAAAAAAUGCUCGAAAAUAUCCGAUUGUUAUGAAGGCAACUCGUAUUUCGAUAAAUUUCAAUAUUUCGACAUGGAUUAUUAUUGCGAUUUGAAAAAUGGCGUUUGCUGUAACAGUAUGUUUUUCACGACCAUUUACUCCAAUAGAAAAUUGCCCCUCGGGUCAGACGAGAGACGACUGGAGUCUGAUGACGUCAUCUGAGACAGAGAAAGACAUCGCUUCGAGAUAUUUUUAAGAAAGUAUGUGUCCCUUUGAAAAAAUACCGUAUUUUGUUUCAAGGAACACAUGUUUUAUUGAAAAUAUCUCGAAGCGAAAUUCAUUUUGAGAUAUUUUUGCAAAAUACUCUCGUCGUCUCGCGUCUGAUUCAACGGGCGCCUUGUAUGGUCGUGUUUUCAUGCCGAUGUCGAUUUGAAAUAUUCAUAACUUCAAGAUUUUCAGCUUUACCCUCGCUAAGGCACUUCCGAUCCUGCCAUCUUGCGAAUACUUCUUACAUCCCUGUUUUGCCAUUGCAGGAAGAUGAUUGUGCACCACCCAAUGCUCCUUGCACCAAUACAUUUGGUAGUCUUGGAAUAUGUGUUUAUUACAGAGAAAAAAAUGUUUGUUGUCCGGACCGUUUUGGUAAUCGAGUUCUGCCGGAUUUCAAAACCAACAUGGAAUGCAAUGUGUCAAUACCGUUUUCAAAUAUUUCCUUGCUUCUUGAUAUUUAUUGUCGAGACGGAUAUGUUUACGUUGUCGGAAAAGAAACACUAAACAGAAAUGAGGGAAAAACUCUGUCGGACUGCCAAACUAAUUCGAAUUGUACAUAUGGUGAAUAUUGUAUGCGAUCUGGAAGUACAAGUAGCCCAUCACAAUGCUAUCGGGUUCACGAUUCCGAAAAUGAUGAAAGUUCAGCUGGAACUACGGCCACAGUUGUUCUCAUCAUUUUGGCUAUUCUAAUUUGUGCUGGUGCCAUUGUUGUAUUCAUAUUUAUGAAAUUGGCAACGUAUUUUAUUGGUGUAGCAGUUGGUAUAUGUAUUGUGGUCAUCAUUGUUAUCCUGAUUGUCUAUUGCACGGCCUGA